UUCAUUGCAUUUCAUUAGAACUAGGAUUUGCGGGUCUAUCAAGGUAAAACGAAGAUGAGGCCAAUUGUCGUCGCUACGGUGAUACUGACAGUGGUAGCAGCAUACUAUGUUUAUCGCCCGCUACCAAAUACAUUAUCAGACCGCUGGAAGUUCAUGUUCUUGGACGCUAUUUUCCGUGGCUUUACGCGUUUGGGUAAUCUAGCGUAUGAAUUGGGCCUGAGUCAAGAUGUAUUCAUCUUAAACCAUCUUAUGUCACGGUUUGGGAUGUUGAACCCACAGUCAAGCGAAUCUGUACGGGUCACAGACACCACUUUUGCAGGACUGCCGGCCCGGGUUUUUGAGUCUACCUCAAAAGGAGAAGGGCAUCACCUGAAGAGAGGAGUGGUCUACUUCCAUGGUGGAGGAUGGACCCUUGGUAGUGGGAAGAUGCAACCGUAUGACUUGCAGUGCAGAAUGAUGGCUGAAAAACUAGAUGCAGUCAUUGUAUCUGUGGAUUAUCGAUUAGCCCCAGAGGCGCGUUUCCCAACGCAGUUCAAUGAUGCCUUGCAGGCCUCCAAACAGAUCCUGAAAAUGGAGGUUCUAGCUCAGUACAUGAUAGAUCCAUACAGAGUGGCUGUGUCAGGUGACAGUGCUGGGGGUAACCUUGCUGCUGCUGUGGCUCAACAGAUGGCCAUGGAUGAGACUGUCCCAAUUAAGUUUAAAGUUCAGGCUCUAAUCUACCCUGCUCUCCAAGCUCUGGAUUUUAACACACCCUCUUAUCAGCAGAAUGGGAACAUACCGAUCCUCUACCGUCCACAUAUGGCCCUUUUUUGGCUGAGGUACCUUAAUGGGGAUGAGAGACUAAUACCAUCCUUGCUUGUGAACAAUCAUACAUCACUGGACCAAGGUCAUGCAGCGGCGGAAGCCAGAGCAAAGGUGGAUUGGACCCAUCUCCUGCCGACUGCUUUCCACAAGGACUACAAGCUGGUUGCGCCCGCUCAUGGAACUCCUGGGCUGAUCGAGGAGCUGCCAGGACUGCUGGAUGUUAGGGCAGCUCCACUCCUGGCAGAAAGGGAGGUGCUUAAGGCUGUGCCUCCUGCAUACAUCCUGACCUGUGAACAUGACGUACUGCGUGAUGACGGGCUGAUGUAUUGGCAACGUUUGGAGGAGGCAGGGGUGGCUGUUACCCACGACUAUUACGAGGAUGGUUUCCAUGGCUGCAUGUUUUUUGCUUUUGGGCCAACACGCUUCUCUGUAGGAGUACGUAGUUUACAGAAUUAUAUUCAAUGGCUGGAUAAAAACUUAUAGGAAAGUCACGGUAAAUGAGCCAUGCUGUCAAUUUCUAGCUGAUGAUUUUAGAAAAUUCUGUGAAAUGAAGGGCUGAAAACAUUUAAAUGCACUUUUAAAGUUUAACCUGCAAUGCAUCAUGUCAACACACAAAGAGCUUUGUGAACAAAGGCACUGCUUUUCUCUCUAAGAAGAUGAUGCCACAAGGUCUGUUUAGCAUAUGCUUAGACUACCACACAACAAUAUUUAUUGAAUCAUUCCAACUUUUACCAGAAAGAUUUGACCCAGCUUUUUACAAUUUCAUAUAUAUACAGUACCCUCCAGAAUUAUUGGCAUUUAAUAUGAAUGAAAAAGGCUGAUGAAAAUUCCCUUUACUGUUUAUCAAGUAUUGUCUUUACUCAGAAAAUAAAGAAAAUAUAUAAAUUCCAUAUGAGCCCAUUACCACAAGAAAAAAGUCACGGGUGAUCACAAAAUGAAUUUUAUUCCGAAAAACGUGUCAUAAUUAUUGGCACCCCCCUCAUUUAGUAUCUUGUGCAACCCCUUUUGCCAACAGAACAGCACUGUGUCUUCUCAUGUAGUGUUUUUUAAGACCUGAUAACACAGAAGAAGGGAUUUUGGACCAUUCCUCAAUGCAGAAUCUCUCCAGAUCUUGCAGAGUCCUGGAUCUUUUGCGCUCUCCUCUUGAGCUCAACCCAUUGGUUUUUAGUUGGAUUUAGGUCAGGGGACUCAGAUGGCCAUGGCAAAAGCUUGAUUUUAUGUUUAUUUAACCAUUUUUGAGUUGGUUUUGAUGUGUGCUUUGGAUUGUUGUCCUACUGGAAGAUCCAACCAAUACCAAGUUUUAGCUUCCUGGCAGAGGUAGCCAGUUUUUGGUUUAAAAUCACCUUGUACUUCCUGGAAUCCAUAACGCCAUGUAUGCGAACAAUACUGCCAGGGGCUUUGGAGGAGAAACAGCCCCACAGCAUCACAGAUCCUCCACUAUAUUUUACGCUUGGUAUUAGGUGCUUUUGUCUGUAGACAUCUUUAUUUCUAUGCCAAACCCACACUGAGCGUUUGGAGCAGAGUGCGAAUUAUACAAUGCCAUUUGGGGGGGGUCAACUUUUUCUCCAGGGCUAUAUAGUAUAGGAUAUACAUAUGUUUUGACCCCACUGAACUGUUGUUUUUACCUCUUUUGGGAGGGGGGGGUCCAAGUCUUAAUUAGGGGGGUCAGACCCUCCAAUCCCCCCCCCCGUAAUUCAAACCCUGGUUUGGAGUCAAAGAGCUCAAUUUUGAAUCAAGGACCACAGCACCCUGUCCUAGUUAAAGUUCCAGUGGCAUCUGGCAAACUCCAAGUGCUUUUACUUGUGGCAAAAAGAUAGGAAAGGCUUCUUUCUAGCAUACUUUCCAAACAGUUUGUUGGCAUGGAGGUGGCGUCUUAUGCUGGAUUUGGGGAUAUGGUGACCCCAAGAUGCUACCAAACUCUGUAAUUCUGAAACUGUGGUCUUUGGAGAUUCUUUUACUUCUCUGACCAUCCUCCUCACUGUGGCUGCUGACAAAAUAGCCUUGCAUCCUCUUCCAGGCUGGUUCAUGAUGGUUUUGAAUUUCUUAAACUUUUUAAUGAUUGCCCUAACUGUUGAUAUGGGCAUUUUAAGUCAAGCAGCUAUUUUCUUGUAUCCAUUCCCUGAUUUGUGAGAGUCAACACACUUUUGCCUUAUUGCAAUGGAAUGCUCUUGAAUCUUUCCCAUGGUGAUGGAUGACUAAGGGAUUUGGGCCCUGUGUCACUUCAUUUUUAUAGCCCAGUGAAACAGGAAAUCAUUGAUGACUGCUUAGAAUUUCCUAAGCGAUUAGGCCAACUUAAAAUUAGUUAAAUAUGUGUGGGAUCAUAAUUCAUUUACAUUUCCUUGAUUCAAAUUUCUUGGGGUGCCAAUAAUUGUGACAUAUGUGAUUUCGUUUUAAAAAUUUUAUUUUUAGCUAAUGGUUGCUUUAUUCUCAGACUAAACUUACCUCAAAUAAAGUUUUUUUUUCUAUUUUCAAUAUAAAAUUAAGAUAAUACCUGAUAAACUGAAUUUUUUAUAAGCCUUUUCAAUCAUCUUCAGCAAGGGUGCUAAUAAUUCUGGAGAGCACUGUAUAAACGUAUAAAUGAGUAUGUGAAUAUAUUUUUAAAGACUGAUGUGUACAAUAAUGUGGGGUGUGAGUAAAGUACCUCAAAUAUUAACCAUAAUAAGACAAUUAUUGAAAUACUUUUAUUGCAGUAUUCCUGUACUACUUGAAAUGUCGGACUACCUGGAGACAGAUGUCUCUAAUUUACCAAAUCAGUUAGCUUAUACAGUGUUCAAGGAAAUAUGUUUUGCAUUGAAAGUCAGGGACCAUCGUUGUGCAACUGAUAUGUUGAUUAGUUUAGUCUGUCUCCGCUUAGACACAAGAAAAUGGUGUGAGAAACACUUUUGUGAAGGACAUUUAAACCUCAUUAUUACUGCUGUUGACUCUUUUAAUCUGUGAAAAGAUUCUCUGAAACAAACAAACAAAAAAACCUAUACUAUUUAUUUCAAAGAUUUAUUUCUAUAAUUGUAUGAUACAAAAAUAUUUUGAUACAAUUUAACACAGUUCUAUGUUUUGUAUCUGAAAAAUGAUAGCUGCAAGCUCUACUGUUAUUAUCAGAUUUAAUGUGAUGUGUAAUAUUUAAAAAUUUGAGCAAUGGGAGUAUCACAGAAGGCACAUUCCUAAACACAGAGAAACAUGGACAUUUUAAAGAAAAAUGAAGAAGUGAACUGUGGGUGGGAAUUGCUUGAGGGAGCUAUCCUUCAAUGCCAGCGUGUAGGAAAGGCUAGAGGGUGUAGAUAAGCAGUGAGGAAUGCUCUGGGAACCAAUGCUAGCCUUCACCUGAGAGACCUUUGGCAGCAGUGUACCUUUGACUCAUUUCAGUGCAACAGAAUAUGCAAGUGGGAUGAGACCCAUGUGAAAGACAAUAAAAUGAAUCUUUGUCAGGGUAACACUGUCUUCAAAAGUGCAUUGGCGAUAGACUUUUAUUGAAUAUAACAUAAGAAUGACAACAGCAUCAUGAAGUCAUUUUUCUGCUUUGAGAAUAAGGUACCUUGUUUGUGUUUCCAUACAUGUGCAGCUAUCAUAAAAUCUUAUGUGUUGUGUGUGUAAGUCACUAAUUCUCGUGAUUCUAUGUUCAUUGUCUUAGACAGAGUAUAUAAUUCGCAUUACAAUGUUUUUCGGGUAGAAUACAUUUCAAUUAUGCAAUGGCUUGGCAAGAUAGUCUGCUUUUCUUCUUUUCCCCUUCAAAUAGAAGAUGUCGCUUUUGUGUUCUUUACCACCAAACCACCAAAAAAAAAAAAAAAACCCAGAAUGAAAAUAAAAAGAUUUUACAGAUCUUU